AUGGCUACCCCUAGUGACCUCUCUUUUGACGCUGAGGGUCGGGCCAUUGACUUUGACGUCUGGGUAGAUGACCUACAGCUUUUCUUACAGUGCGAUAGGGCAGGCGGUCUCUCCCUCUUUGACCUCACUUAUGGUGCCUCUCCUCCCCCUGCUGCUGAUGCUAACGCCAAUGUUCGCUCACAGUGGGCCACACGUGAUGCUGCUGCACGUCUUGCUGUGCGUCGCCACCUGCCUACCUCUGAGCGUGCGCACUUUAGCCAGUACAAGAGUGCUCAGACAUUGGACCACUUCCUCUCAGUUUUCCCCACCACUCUCACCGUUGACCUCCUUGAGAAGGCCCUCCUAGCGGAAGAGAAGAGCAUAAUCGCUGUAGGAGCCUCUCGUGGUGACCCUCGCACCCCCGUCUUUGAGGGGUGUUCCCCCUCCCCCCUUUUGCCCUCUGUUGCCUCUGCUGCUGCGGCCGACCUCGUUGGUUUUGAGUCGGUCGGCGCAGCGUCUGCCUCGAGCGGGAGACGCCGCACCGGCAAGGGCAAGGGGGGCAAGGGCGCUGGAGGGGCUGGCGGGGGUGGCGGAGGUGGCGGUGGCGGCAGUGGAGGGGGUGGGGGUGGGAGUGGUGGCGGGGGUGGAGGUGUCGGUGGCGGCAGUGGAGGCGGAGGCGGAGGCGGCGGUGGCGGUGGGGGCGGAGGUGGCGGAGGUGGCGACAGAGGAGGAGGCGGCGGCGGAGGAGGCGGAGCUGGUCGGGGUGGCGCUACGCAGAGGGUCGGCUCCGGUGGUGGUCAGCGCCAGCAGCAGCAGCGCACUCAUGACAUCCCCCCCCCUCAGCAGCUCCGUGAGUGGUACGCUCCACGCCAUCCGGGUGGGGGUACUGGUCCGUGCACUUACGUCCUACGCACCACCGACCGCGCGGGUGAGCAGUGCAGGGGUGCGCACUCCACCCAGCGCUGCUUUGGCCGCCUUACGGACGCUUGGCGUCACCAGUUCCCUGAGGCCACUGAGAUCCCUCGAUGGGGCGAGCUGUCUAGGGCGGGAGUAGCUAUCUUUGACCUUGACUUUGAUGCUAUUCUUGCUGCCAUGUAUGCUGUGACUAUUAGUGAUGAGGGUGACUAUUACCGGUGUUUUCCGCCCGACCCGGGCCUUGAAACUGCUGCUCUAGGUGCUAGCAAGGCUGUUGCUCUAGGUGCCAGUGCGUCUGCUUCCUCAGGUGCUGGUGAGUCUGCCCUCUCACGUACCGCGUCGGCUUCGGCCUCCCACACCUUCACCCUUGACUCGGGGGCUUCUCACUCCUUUCAAGACCGCGCCACAUUCACGCCGCUUGGUCGGCCAGUUGCAGUCUCUCUGGCAGACCCCUCUGGGGGUCGUGUCCUUGCUCACUUCUCCACUCUCCUCCCAUGUCCGGCGGCCCCCUCUGGCACCCAGUCUGGUCCUUACCUCCCCUCGUUCUCUACGAACUUGGUGACUGGUGCUGACCUACAGGAUGCAGGGGUUCACCAGUUCACUCCUGCGACUGCGUCGGGUCAGGUGUUUGCUGCAGCGUCCAGGUCUGGUCCUGAGUCUGCCCCCUGCUCGUGUCGCCUCCUGUCUCACGAGACUCUCCUUUGGCACCACCGCCUUGGUCACCCCUCCCUGCUUCGUCUCCGAGGCAUGGCCUCCCGUGUCCUUGUCUCUGGUCUUCCCCGGUCCCUCCCUCCCCUUCCUCCGGGGCCUGCCCCUGCCUGCGUCCCCUGCAUCGAGGGGCGGCAGCGUGCUGCCCCUCACUCCUCCCAGUUUUCUCCGACAGAGGCCCCGCUGCAGACGCUUCACAUGGACGUGUGGGGCCCAGCCCGCGUCCGUGGACACGGUCACGAGCGCUACUUCCUGCUGGUGGUUGACGACUUCUCGCGUUACACAAUAGUAUUCCCCUUGCGCAGCAAGGGUGAGGUCACUGAGGUGUUGAUCGACUGGAUCCGCGCAGCUCGUCUCCAGUUCUGGCAGAGCUUCAGCUCGGACUUUCCUAUUCUGCGUCUGCACUCUGACAGAGGCGGAGAGUUCUCCUCUUGCCUUUUGCAAGCCUACUAUCGUGCACGAGGCAUCCGCCAAACCUUCACACUUUCGGACACUCCACAGCAAAAUGGGACUGCUGAGCGCCGCAUUGGCAUGGUCAUGGACGUCGCUCGUAUGUCCAUGAUGCAUGCGGCUGCCCCCCAUUUUCUGUGGCCGUUUGCGGUUUGGUACGCGGCGCAUCAGAUCAACCUUCAGCCUUGGAUCUCCAUGCCGGAGACCUCCCCAGCUUUGCUGUGGACCUGGAAGGUUGGCGAUGCGUCUGCGUUCUGUGUCUGGGGAUUUCGGGCGUUUGUCCGGGACUUGUCUGCGGACAAGGUGUCCCCUCGUGCUACUCCUUGCAUCUUCCUUGGCUUCCCCCCUGACGCGCCUAGGUGGCAGUUCUACCACCCCACCUCUCGCCAUGUUCUGUCCUCCCAGGACGUCACGUUUGACGAGUCAGUCCCCUACUACCGUCUCUUCAUCUACCGCACUCCGUCCCUCCCCCCGCCACCGCUGUUCCUUAAGUCAGACGCAGUCAAGCCUGUCGAGGUUGCUGGUGACUCUGGUGCUGCUCUGGGUGCUGAGCCUGGGGGUGCUGACUCUGGGGGUACUGAGCAUGUGGGUGCUACGCCUGGGGGUGCUGAGCCUGGGGGUGCUGAGCGUGGGGGUGCUACGCCUGGGGGUGCUGAGCCUUGGGGUGCUACGACUGGGGGUGCUGAGCCUGGGGGUGCUACGCCUGGAGAUGUUGAGCCUGUGGGUGCGGAGCCUGAGGGAGCUGCGCCUGCUCGUGUCGCGUCUGGCGGUACUGUGCCUGGAGGUUCCCCGGGUGCUUUGUCUCGGCGGGAGCCACUCUCUCCACAGGAGCUGCGCGAGUGGUUUGCCCGGCGCUGGAGGCGUGCUUCUGGAGCUGGAGGUUCUUCGGCUACUGAGGGUGCUGGUGUCGCGGGUCCCGGAGGUGCUCGUACUGGGAGUACUAUGGCUGCUGGGCCUGCGGGUACUACUGGAGCUGGAGCUGCUGCGGGUGUUGGCGCUGAGGCUACUACUGUCGGUCAUGGAGGCGGUCCUGCUGGGGGUGCUAGUGGUGCUGCUGGAGGUCCUGGAGCUAUUGGAGCUGCUGGGGGUGCUGGAGCUGGAGGUGCUGCUGGCAUUGGUGCUACCACUGGGGCGUCUUGA